UCCCUUCUAUUUGCGAUGCGAUUUCAGCUUUGGCACUCACAUGUUCCUGCUAUGGUUGAAUGAUGGAUUUGUCAGUUAUGUAAUUGAAAAGUUUUUGUAAAGUUUUAGAACUUUUCCGGCCCAUAGGUAUCCCGCGAUCAUCCGAGAAUUCAGCUCUUUCAGUUAAAAUCUUAUCAAUCCUAAUCCUAACCUCAAAAACGGCCGCACCUUUGACUCCAAUUCAAGACUGAAACUUGGUUUGGGUUAUUUCAGGGUUAUUUACAGUUUUUUUCUGAGUAGUGGGUUUCAUGUGUGGGAGUUAGUGUCUGAAUAAUUUUUGCAUCAUCUGAUUGCAAUAUGAAUCGCCCAUGGGGCCCUGAUAUUCUCGGCGUUUUGCGAGGAAUUCAGUUGGUGGCCAAUGCAAGUCUCAAACAGCAAGAAAAAAUCUGUCAGCAGAAAUGGGCAAAUUCCAGUGUCAAAGAUCUUGUUUGUGAUAACAAAGUUGUUGAAGAGAAAAUUCAAAGUCUCCUGUCAGGACCUCCUUCUAUACAGGUUGACAAGAUUAUUACAGAAACUCUUCAAAGAUCAUCUAUGGUUUUUGAGGGAAUCAAAGGUUAUAUUGUCUAUUACCAAGGUGUUACCAGUGAAGGCGUAAAUGAAAACCAUCAUUUCUCUGAUUUUAACGGUGGGAAAGAAGAUUAUGCUUAUGAAAUAGAUGCUCUAUUACGACAACAGGCUGAACGUGAUUUACAGCAAUACAAAAAUUCAAAGCAAACGCCAUCUGCAAGUAGUAAUCAACCUAUUCAGAUUAUUUAUACAGAAGAAAAUACCAAUCAAGCCCCUAAAUCAUUAAACGUGUCCAAUAUGUCUCAAUCAGAAAAACGCAGUUCUGAUCAAAUUCCGACAAAGGAUACUUCAUCAGUAUUAGCGUCGCUUGAAACACCACCGAAGGUCCUUUCUACACCACAGUCUGGACCAAGUCAUGGAUCCCGAAGCAAGACACACAACCUUGAGAAGAUAGAAAAGAAAAGGCAACAGUUGAAUGAGGUUGCCAAACAACGUGCCGUUCCAUCUACUCGUUUAAGCCGCAUGUUUUCCUUUGGGACGCUAGCAGCUGGCCUAGGUGUUGGGACAAUAGCAGAAAUAACUCGCCGCUCCCUAGGGUUACAUGAUGCUCCUUCUUCCUCAGGUGCUACAUUGGAUAAAGCAUUUCUCACCCCAGCAAAUGCACAAAGAAUCGUCAACACCCUGUGCAAAGUCAGAGGUGCUGCUUUGAAGAUCGGUCAGAUUCUUAGUAUUCAAGAUAACAACACUAUAAGUCCGGAGUUUCAAGAGGCUUUUGAAAGAGUGCGGCAGGCUGCUGACUUCAUGCCAACAUGGCAAGUUGAGAAAGUACUAACAUCGCAACUGGGUCCUGAUUGGAGAUCCAAAUUAGAUAUUUUUGAAGAUAAACCAUUUGCUGCUGCAUCAAUAGGUCAGGUUCACUAUGGGGUGCUCAAAGACGGAACAGAGGUUGCCAUCAAAAUUCAGUACCCUGGUGUUGCAGAGGGCAUAGAGAGCGAUAUAAACAACCUUGUCUCAGUCAUGAAAAUUUGGAACAUAUUUCCUGAAGGAAUGUUCAUUGACAAUGUUGUCGAAGUUGCCAAACGAGAGCUCUCCUGGGAAGUGGAUUACGUCCGUGAAAGAGAAUGUACCUUGAAAUUCAAAGAACUUCUGAAGCCUUAUCCAGAAUAUAAAGUACCUGAUGUAGUUGAUGAGCUGUGUUCGGAACAAGUGUUCACAACAACUUUUGUGGAAGGUGUUCCUGUUGAUAAGUGUGUGGAUAUGGAUGAAGCUACACGGAAACAUAUUUGUUAUCUAGUCAUGCAGUUGUGUUUAAGGGAGCUCUUCACAUUCAGAUACAUGCAAACGGAUCCUAAUUGGUCUAAUUUCUUUUACAAUCCAGAAACAAGGCAGUUGGUUUUGUUAGAUUUUGGAGCAUCAAGAGGCUACAGUUCAGAAUUUUUAGACAAGUACGUGGAGAUUAUAAAAGCAGCUGCCGAUGGGGAUAGAGCCGAAGUUUUACGUCUCUCUCAGCAAAUGGGAUUUUUGACUGGAUUCGAAUCGAAGAUAAUGGAAGAAUCUCACGUGGAUGCCGUAAUGAUCCUCGGUGAGGUUUUUGAUAAAGAUGCUGGAGAGUUUGAUUUUGGUCUCCAACAAACAACUGGAAAAAUCCAAAAAUUGGUGCCCACCAUAAUUACUCACAGACUCUGCCCCCCUCCUGAGGAAAUUUAUUCACUUCAUCGUAAACUAUCGGGAGUGUUUCUUCUCUGCGCAAAACUGAAAGUGAAAAUGGCCUGCAGACAAAUGUUUCUUGAUGUCUACAAGUCUUACAAAAAAGGUCUAUGAUCAUCGAUUAUUUUUGUACCAUGAAAAGUACAAAUACGUGUCUCCUGUAAUUCACCUCAUUUGUUCCCGGUGACUUUUAUGUGCCGCACUUAACAAAUUAAUUGUAGGGCAAGUGACCUGUCAAGGUCGUACUCAGACUCAUCCUUUGAAAGAGGUAAAGUUGAAUGUAGAGUAGCCACUUACUAUUUAGAAAUAAUAUUCUUUUUUAGGAAAGCCAUGAAGGAGGGAAAUUUUUAAAACUAAGAUUUACUAAUUGCAAUAGUUGUUAGUGAACUAACCUAUUCUCUCGACACAUUGGAGGCUUUGCGGAGUUCCUAUUCGCACUGGUGAAAAUAAUAUUAUGAAGGUUGAAACAGACGCUUCUAUUAAAAUGUAUUCCUCCGCUUGCACAAUGAAUAGGGGUCCUUCAAAAAUUCCUCUCUGGUGGAGUAUGUGUAUUUUAAUUUUAGGCAAUUCAGCUCUCCAGAAAAGGGGCAGAAACUUAAAAAAAAAGUGUUAAAUGAAGAGUGUAGGUAUUCAAAGUUUACUAUUAUUUUUAACUAUGUUUUAAGCACUAGAAGAGCCUCAGAUCUGAAAUAAAUAAUUUAUAUUGAAGUUCAUGGACUUUUUAGCAUAAAAAUUCAAUAUGCGUAAAACAGUCGGAGAAACAUUUUCUUGGCUCUAAAAAUUAGUGAAUUGACCAGCAAUUUCCCUAAUUGACAGUUAUAUAGUGCAUGGGAAUGGGCCCCUUUUUCUCAAGAGCUUUACAAUGCCUCAAAUUGGUGAAGAGAAAAGAGAAGAGAAGUAAAGUUUGGAUUUGGUCGUCCCCCCCCCCCCCCCAAAGGAAUGCAAGACAGAGAGGUAGGAGACUCCUCUUCUCUUGUUCUGGUUUUUAGUAGAUAAUGGGCUGGAAAAGUUUUUGGUUAUCCCUUUUUUGCUUGUCAAAUACAGUGAGACCUCGAAUUAUUUCGAUUUAACGGAUUCGGCCUCCGGUCCCAUGAAAUCCGAUAAAUCGAGGUCUUACUGUAAUUCUGAAAUUCAGGGUAUCACAAAUAUUGAAUUUAUCUCCUAAAUUGAUUCAAACUAAUGUUUACAACUAUCACAACCUUCCAAUGAAAGGUUCUUAGUACUAGAAGUGACUCAGGUCUAAAAGUAAUCAUUUGUAUCAAUGUUCGUUCAUCUUAGCAUACAAAUUUAACAUCCAACAGGAGCGCACCAAGUCGCAUCAAGUUAAAAGCGA